AUGAAGGUGACCGUGAAAUCGACGACCAUGGUCCAGCCGGCAGAACACAGGCCACGCCACAGCCUGUGGCUGUCGAACUUGGACCUUCUCCAGCUGAGAAGCCACGUCACUCGAGCGAUCUGCGCGUACAACAAGCAUCCUGCUUCUUCUUACUCGGAGUCCUUCUUCUUCUUCGACGUCGGGGAGGCGGAAUCGGAGGCUGCACUUUCCGAGAUCGGGGAGCUCCUGUACACGGCGGGAGGUCGAGAGUUCUCGCCGGGGAAAGAGGCUGAUGAUGAGAGUUCUCGAGUCGAUUAUUCUAGAGGGGUUUCUUCUUAUCCGCUGCUGAUUCUCCAGAUAACAAGGCUCAAGUGCGACGGAGUAUGUCUCGGAAUCGGAAUCCACCAUGUUGUAGCCGACGGGGAAUCAUUACUGAGCUUCAUCAACACUUGGGCAGACAUGGCUCGAGGUUUACCCGUUACAGCGACGCCGUUUUGGGACCACACCAUUCUGAGAGCUCGAUAA